GCACUUUUAUUAGAAAUACUAAAGUACGAACUAAUCUUAUUUUAUUUCCCUUUUUGCACAUGCGCAGUCGACUUUCAUAUUUGUUGACAGGAGUAUCGAAGUCGAAGAAAUUAGUAUUAUGAAGUGAAGUGGUGAGGACCGCUGGAAUGGGAGAGCCAGCCUCCUCCUCCUCCAGUCACCAGGACAACAGCAAGGCUCCCCCAGGAAACAAGGAGUGGGUACUCCCAAAACAGUUGGAGGAUAUCCGACCGGCGAGGGACUUCCCCCAGUACAGACACCGAUGGAACACCAAUGAAGAAAUUGCAUCCAUUUUGAUUGCCUUCUCCAAACAUAAAGAAUGGCUAAAGAUGGAGAUGAAGAUUCGGCCACCGAGUGGUUCCAUGUUAAUGUACAGCAGGAACCGCGUAAGGUACCGCAAAGACGGCUACUGCUGGAAAAAGAGAAAAGAUGGCAAAAACAUUCGCGAGGACCACAUGAAGCUGAAAGUCCAGGGUCUCGAGUGUAUCUACGGUUCUUAUGUCCACUCUGAUAUCCUACCGACAUUCCAUCGGCGCUGCUACUGGCUGCUACAGAACCCUGAUAUUGUCCUGGUUCAUUACCUGAACAUCCCCUACCAAGACAAUACAAAGGUGAAGAUCCCCGUUGUACCACAGUACACACUGGAGAAAAAAGAGUGGACCAAAGAAGAACUGGUAGAUCAGCUCAGACCAAUGUUUUCCACUGGCCAGCCAGGAGAAGAAUCGGAACAGAUGAUUGAUGAGACAGUGGAGGCUCUGGUCAAACAUUUGAUUGAAUACCACGAGAAUGCUAACAAGUUUGUGAAAGAUAAAACCUCAUUGGCAGCUGGUGAUAAAACCCCCAGGGAGACACCUGUCAAUGUUAAUAAAGGUCUCCGCCCACAUCAAUACCAGAAGAAGCAAACAGGGAGUCCAAGUGGGGGGAGUUCUCAUGUUAUACACCAUAAACCUGAGGUGGCACAUGUUCCAUAUUUGUUGAAUGUUGGGGGAAACCUGCAUGUACCGGGAAGUAGUUAUCUGCUUGUAAAUGGACAUGGGGGGUCAGAGAGUGGACACUCUACCCCAGGGCUUGUAAUGCCUGAGGGUGGGGGGUUACAAGUGACAAGGCCUGAUGGCAGUACGAUGGUUUCCUGUCCGGGUGUGUCAGGGGCCUCUGUUCAGAAUGAGGCCCCUCAACUAGACUAUCAAAGUGUUCAGGGCUUACACAGUGCUUGUUCUCUUACAGAUAUAUGUGAUAACAAUAGUAAACUAGUCAGCUCAAUAGAGCAAUCUCUCUUAAACUCAAGUAAACGAGAAGACCUUGCACCAAUGCAGUUAUCUUCAGAAAGCUGCUCUCCUAUGAUUGGGAGCACUAGCAUUAACAAACCUGAAAUGAACCUAGUCCCAUAUCUUAAAUCAGUAACCGCCGAGGAUGUUCAGCAUGUUAUCAGAUCUCAUUCUGAACAGAACAAGGAGAAAUCCAAAGGGGUUCCAAAUGAGCUAGAACAUGACCCCCUGAGUGCUAGCUUUGGUUCCUCAGACUUUGACAAUCUUGACCUUGAGCUCCAUGACAUUGAGAAGUUGUGCAGCUUUCUAGAGACCCCAGAGGAUCCUUCAUCUCAGGGUAUGGUGGGAUCUAUUCCUGUAUCUGAGUGUGACAAUAAAAUCAACACAAGCUUAGGACAAAUGACAGACUUCAGGCCUCCUGGCAAAUCUGUGUCUAACUGUGUACAGUGUCAGGAGAAAUCCAAACAAUUGUUAGUAGACCAGAAGAUCAGUCAUAGAAAGCCGAGCGGACGUGGUCUAGUGGACAUUUUGGACUACUCACCCGAGUUCAGUUACACAGAGGGUGGGUCUAAGUUGUUAUUAAUUGGUCCCUGGACAAAAGUUUCUUCCACAUAUACCUGUGUGAUAGACAAUGAACCGGUACAAACAACACUCUUACAGCCAGGUGUUCUCAGGUGUUACACACCAGCUCAUGAUAAGGGUUGUGUUCCUGUGUACGUCAGCUGUGAUGGUAAGACACUGUCUCGACCUGUUCCAUUCCUGUACAAAGAAAACCCAGAACACAAGCCUUGCUCCCGAUUCUCCUGGUUCUCUGUGGAAGAAAAAGAGCUGAAGACCUUAUUGGUGGAGCGACUUGUACAGUUGGAGAAGCGUUUGACUCAGUCUCACUACAGAAAUGGACCUGUGCCCUCUCUCCAACAGGCUAGUGAAGACUUGGUGGAGAGCUCUGAUUUGGAAGGAAAGCUACUCUGGUAUAUCAAAAUGUUUUCUUCUGGGACCUGGAGUGAUACAGAGAGCUUCCCACAGUGCAGUAAAUACGGAAUGACCUUACUGCACCUAACAGCAGCAUUAGGGUUCUCCAGAGUGAUCCAGUCCUUACUGCAGUGGAGGACAAAUAAUCCAUGCUGGUUCUUGGAUUAUGAAGUUGAUGCUAAUUGCUUGGAUGAAAAUUCUUGCACUGCACUAAUGUGGGCUUGUGCUAAGGGCCACCAACAGGCAGCUAUUGUUUUGUACCAGUGGAAUUCUGACACACUCAAGGUGUCCACCAAGGAUGGCUUUACCGCUCUCAACUUCGCUCAAAUGUUUGGCCAUCACCAGAUCUACGGUCUCCUACACAAAUACCAGACUGUUCUUAUAAGCCCUUCCCAAACUGCUGGUUCAGUUGACACUGCAUUCCCGUUAUGCCCUCAGUCCAACCAGAAUGUCUUCAAGCAGCCCCAUCCCAACGGCAUGACCUCUUUACACAUACAGAUACCAAAUCCACCCCAGCAACAAGGCUUCCUGAUCCGCCGACAGAGUGAACAAGAUCUGAGGGGGAAAGCCACACGUAAGAAGCUUAGCAAGAGAGCUUCAGUGGAUCUACCAGCCAACUCUGAUGAAGGAAGAGCAACCAGGGCUGGUUCAUAUGAAUACCCAAUCAGAGAAACAAAUUCUGAGCCAUACUUACCCAUGGCAACAGAUCACCCAAUGACCAGGGGAGAUAACCCAAUGCUGUCAGAUAACAAUAGAGAUAUUAUGUCCCCUGAUCUGAUGGUGAACUCUGAAAUUGACCAAUUAAAGCGGGUGAAUCUGGAUAACAUGGACCCAAGUUCAGCAUCCAUAAUACAGACAACCUUAGGCUACACAAAAAUGGAUACAGAUGAGGUUGAGUCCAGCACUAAUGGAAGUCCCAUUAUAGACGUGGAGAGAGUGUCAUCUGAUGAGGAAUCGUACUACCAGCAAACUCGCUCCAAGUCACAGUCAAUAAGCUCAGACAAUUGUGAGGAUGUCAAACUCCAGAUGAUGACCUUGGCCAAACAGAUCAUCGCUGCGAUGCCGGAGCGAAUUAAGCUGUCUCCUAGUCGCGGGGAUGAAGUGGCCCCCGAGCGGGAACGGUGUAGUUCCUACAGCUCGCUCCAGUCUCAGUCAUCACCCAAUACAUCGUCUUACGAGGAGGACUCGGGAAUCUCAACUCCAAUGGGAGACACGUUCUCUUUUGAUGAUUACAGGUACGCUGACCUUGGGACACCUGCCUCCUCCCUCAGUCCGGACUCCACCUGUAUGCCCAGCCCCUACAGUCCCUACAGCUUCACCCUAGACUCCCCACCCCCCACCACAGAAGAUUUCACUGAGUACUUCAAUGCUCCGACCACGUUCAUGGAGAAGGACUUCUCACAGCUCACUCUCUCUGACAAAGAGCAGAGGAAGCUGUAUGAGGCAGCGAAGGUGAUUCAGAAGACGUACAGACAGUACAGAGACAAGCAGCAAUUACAGCAACAACAACAGAAGGAGAUCGAGGCUGCCGUACUGAUACAGAAGUAUUACAGGAGAUAUAAACAGUAUGCCUACUACAAAAAGAUGAGCCAGGCAGCUGUUUUGAUCCAGAGUCAGUUCAGGAGUUAUUAUGCCCAGAAGAGGUUCAAGAAGUCGAGGGAUGCUGCAGUGGUAAUUCAGAACCAGUACAGAACAUAUAAAGAACAUGAGCGACUUAAAAAGGGAGGCAACAAGUCUGUGAUAAUCCAACAACGAUACAGGAGCCAUUAUAGACGUAAAAAUGUGAAGGGACAGAGCGCAGAGGAUCAUGUGAUUCCUGUGGUGCCGGACUCUGCCGAGAGCUCUCCUCCAGACCAAAACAACACAAUAUCCGACACAACAACAAAACAGCCAGACGAUGAAGCGCCACCUGAUGGAGGGGACGGGCAGCAAGAGAACAGCAAUCAAACAAGGGACAGAUAACUCAUACUGACCAAGGAAUCUCCUAUCAUCACGUCAUUUACAGUUGUUCCAUUAUCAUUGCUCUUUUCUACUAUUUUAGCAUUUUAUUAGCUCACCU